AUGGCGAUAUCGGUAUGCACGCGCUUCUCGUUGCGCCACCUCCCCCUCGCGCUCCUCGUGCUUGCGCUCAUCACGCCCAUCGCCCCCGCGCUGCUGAUUCUCGCGCUGGUCUUUACCGCGUCGCCCGCUAGCGGAGUCAAGUGCGGCGAAAAAUGCGGCGGAAAUUGCGGAUCAUAUGAGAGCGAGCGUGACUCGCUGGAGGACGAAUCUUCGAACACUAGCACGAGACAAUUCAAGAACUACCAACCUCACUCAGCGAUUUGGUGCUGA